AUGAGUUCCGUAAGUGCUGAAGAGAAGAAAAGGCUACUACUCGAAAGGAGGAACAAGUGGAAACAAAAAAAGGCAGAUUUUGAAGCUUCAAAAGUUCAGCAAGAAACUAACCAAAAUAAUAGCGAUGGGAAAGAUGAGCAAGACAAUAAAUUGAGCAACCGAAGGGCCAAGUUAGAUUACGGGCGACAGAAUAAAGGACUGCAAGCUCAACAAAAUUCGGAUGAGGUCAAAACCAAGAGAAAUGGAAUGUCUGACAAGAAGCUGAGUAGGAAACGAAUUUUUAACGAUAGUGAUGAUGAAGAAGACCGUGCAGUUGUUAAGCUAUUUCGGCCUUCAGAUCUCAAAGAACCAGAAGAAAAUCAUAAAAACGCAUCAGAGUCUGUGAGCAGCACUUCACCCCUAGAAAAUGAUCCUUUGGAAAUGUUCAUGCAAAAUCUUAGCAAAUCGAGCGAUCAAGGUUCAAAGAGGGAGCUUCUGAUACCACAUGCCCUGGAAAAUGAUGGCAGUGACGAAGAGCUGGAUCCUGUCGGCCUCGAUGACCAUGACGACGUUGAAACGGAAUUCAGACGUUUAAGAAAACUCAAGUCCAAGAAACGAGUGAAAAAGCUUUGCAUUGGAGAAAAAGCCUUUGAACCUUUUACCAAGGUCUUUUAUUCCGAGCCUGAAGAGAUCCAGAAAAUGACUGAAACAGAGGUAGAAGAACUUAGAUUGAGUCUGGACAAUGUUAUUGUGAAAGGUCAAGGCUGUCCUCGGCCUAUUUUAAGGUGGUCUCAAUUGGGUCUCACAACAGAGAUAAUGAAUCUCAUAACCCAAGAACUGAAGUUUCUUUCCCCAACUCCAAUUCAGGCACAAGCUUUUCCGACGAUUAUGUCAGGCCGGGACGUAAUCGGUAUCUCGAAGACAGGUUCCGGUAAAACGGUUUCAUUUCUUUUGCCACUGCUGCGACACAUAAAAGCUGCGCGCCCACUGUCAAAAGAGGAAACCGGUCCUCUGGGGCUUAUUUUGGCGCCGACGCGAGAACUGGCUGUUCAAAUACACGAGGAAAUUUGUUUGUUCACAAAAGACCUUCCUGAGCUGAGAUCAGUUUGUUGUACUGGUGGAUCUGAACUCAAACAGCAAAUAAACGAUUUAAAACGAGGCGUAGAGAUUGUCGUGGCUACACCCGGUAGAUUUAUAGACCUUCUUACCCUAAAUUCUGGAAAGCUCUUGAACACAGAACGUGUCACAUUUGUGGUGAUAGAUGAAGCAGAUAGAUUGUUCGACCUUGGAUUUGAGCCGCAAAUAACUGAAAUUAUGAAAACCAUAAGGCCAGACAAACAGUGUGUUUUGUUCAGCGCCACCUUUCCCACGAAACUCAAGUCGUUUGCAUCCAGAAUGCUGAACAAACCAAUUAGUAUAACCAUAAACUCCAAAAGUCUAAUCAAUGAGAAUAUUGAGCAGCGACUUGAACUUUACGAAUCUGAUGAAGAAAAGUUUGAGGGUUUACAGAGCUUGCUAGAUUCCCAGACAGCUUUCAAUCAUGCAACUCAUGAAGAUCGAGACGAAAAGACUAUCGUGUUUGUUUCAAGUCAACAAAUUUGUGACCUGGUUCAUAAUAAGUUACUUGAACAAAACUACACUACGUUUGCUAUUCAUGCUGGCAAACCAUAUAACGAAAGGGCCACUAAUCUCGAAAAAUUCAAAAAGACGAAAAACGGUAUUCUCUUAUGUACUGAAGUUCUUUCUCGAGGGCUCAACGUGCCGGAAGUUUCUUUAGUAAUAAUCUACAAUGCAGUGAAGUCGUUUGCACAGUAUGUGCACACAACGGGCAGGACUGCUAGGGGCGACAAGCAUGGCGCGGCGACGACAUUGCUUCUAGAUGAUGAACUCGCGGCCGCCUAUAUUCUUAACAGAUCAUUUCGAGACUCUGAGCUGAAUGCCUUAGCAAUAGGCGUAAGAGACCGCUUGAAAACAAUGGCGGACAAAUUUGAAUCAGGUAUGAAGACAGGGAAGUACAGACUGACAAAGGGAUUUGGCGGUAAAGGCUUAGAGCAUAUGGAAAAGUUGAAAGGAGAAAAGCACGAUGAAGAGUUGAAGCAGUAUGGGGUCUCAGAUCAAAGUAAGGCAACUCCGAAUGCUGACAAUGGAAAUGACAAUAGCGUUGACCACAUUGUGGUUCCCAAGCUCCAGUAUACCUUUUUACAAAACAAAAACCUCAACGGACAGGUCACUUACAGCGCUGAGGUAAACGUGAAUGAUCUGCCUCAAAUGGUGAGGUGGGAAGCUACCAAAAAUACUACCCUCUCUUUUGUAAUCCACGAAACUGCUUGUAGCAUCACUAAUAGAGGGAAGUUUUAUCCGGAGGGAACGGAGCCCAAGACCCCGCAUGAUGAACCAAAGCUCUACUUGCUGAUCGAGGCUCAGGAAGAAAAAGAUGUUAGAUUGGCUAUUGGUUUGCUCGAGGAGAAGGUUAGAGAAGGGGUUAAAAAGGUUAGUGUACAAGAAGCUAAAAGUAGCAAGUUUUCGUUGUAA